AUUCAGAUGCACAGUAUUUAUCGCAUGAAAGAUAGGUAUCUCGUUGCACUUGACUUUAUUGUCUCUGGAUGAUGCCCAGAUCUCUAAUUGCGGAGCUCUGCCCUCUCCAGAGUCAUAGUCAUUAUUUUGUACUAUAAACAUUAUGUAUGUACUUGGUGACUAUUACUGAGUCACUUUUUUUUUAAGGCAGGAUUUUAUUUCCCUCAUCCAGGCUGGAAUGCAGUGGCGCCAUCUCAGCUCACCUCUACGUACCAGGUUCAAGAAAUUCUGCCUUGGCCUCUCAAAGUGCUUGGAUUACAGGCGUGACCAUUGUGCCUGGCUGACAGUACUUGCAACUCUGAAACCUCUUCCUCUAGAUGUCAUAAUUAUCAUCUCAAAAUCAGUAUGUCCCAAACAGACCUUCGCCUUUCUGCCUCAUACCCAUUCCUCUUCCUGCAUCCCUGUGUCCGAGUGAGUAUACCAAGAGUACAGCUCGGAAUCAUCUGUUCCAUGAUCAUUAAGUCCCUACUAUGAUCUGUGGUACAACUUAAAUGCCUUAAGCUCUGAGAUUUCCAAAGUGGUCCCAAUCCAUCAGUCCUGCAUUAUUUCCUAAUACCUACAGUCUCACACUGUCUUACUCAACUAAACCUCUUAUGGAUCCCCAUAUAGGUUUCAUGGUUUCCCAGUUUCCUUUGCUUAAAAAUUUCCCUUUUCUGUUUUUACAUUGCUUUAUUAAUUAUCCCUUCAGACCCAGUUAACCCAGUUAAUAUGAUAAUUCCUGAGCUUUCUGAUUCCUUCAUUCAAGGAACAUGAAUUCUGAGUUUGUUUUUUUUUUUUUUGGCGACAGAGUCUCCCUCUGUCACCCAGGCUGGAGUGCAGUGGCGUGAUCUCAGCUCAGUGCAACCUCUGCCUCCCAGGUUCAAGCAGUUCUCUUACCUCAGCCUCCCUAGUAGCUGGGUCUGCAGGCAUGUGCCACCACACUUGGCUAAUUUUUGUAUUUUUAGUAGAGACGGGAUUUUACCAUGUUAGCCAGGAUGGUCUCUAUCUCCUGACACCGUGAUCUGCCUGCCUCAUGAUUACAGGCAUGAGCCACCACGCCCAGCUUUUGAGUUCUUAUUUUACUGAUUUUAGGUACUGCACGAGAAGUGUGAAAAACACAUGCAAUUCUUUUUAUUUUUAUUUUUUUGAGACAGAGUCUUGCUCUUUUCCCCAGGCUGAAGUGCAGUGGGGUGAUCAGGGCUCGCUGCAACUUUCCCUCCCAGGUUCAAGUGAUUCUGCCUCAGCCUCCUCAGUAGCUGGGAGUGGUACCAUGCCUGACUGAUUUUUGUAUUCUUAGUAGAGACAGGAUCUUACCAUGUUGGCCAGGCUGGUCUCGAACUCCUGACCUCAGGUUAUCGUCCUGCCUCAUCCUCCCAGAGUGCUGGGAUUACAGGCCUGAGUCACUGUGCCUGGCCUUACAUGCAUUCUUGAUAGAAUUAUUGUAAACUAAAGUCAGGGUGUAUUUCACAGAGGAUAAAACCAUACUGAAGUAGAGAUGAAAUUUGGAGAGCAGAAGUAGAUGGAAAUAUAUGGAAAAUGGAGUUAGUAUGUGCACCAGACACAGAUUGCUCAUUUUUAAAGAAUUGGGAUGCAAAUAGUUUGAAAUUUCUUUGGUUACUGGGAUUUGUUUUUGGAGACAGAGUUUCGCUCUUGUUGCCCAGGCUGGAGUGCAGUGGCACGAUCUUGACUCACCACAACCUCCGCCUCACAGAUUCAAGCCAUUCUUCUGCCUCAGCCUCCCGAGCAGCUGGGAUUACAGACAUGUGCCACCACGCCUGGCUAAUUUUUUGUAUUUUUAAUUGAGAUGGAGUUUCUCCAUGUUGGUUAGGCUGGUCUUGAACUCCUGACCUCAGAUGAUCUGCCUACCUCAGCCUCUCAAAGUGCUGGGAUUACAGGCAUGAGUCACUGCACCCAGCUGGAAUGGUACUUUAUGGACUUAAGAGUACUGUCAAAGGCCCAUUAUGAAAAUUAUUGUCAACAAUGCAAACCACCCAAAAUCAUUUGGUUUAUGUUAGUUUUCUGCUUUUUAGGUUGUUGGAAUUCUCCUUUUACUAUUACUUUUUCCUGUCUCAUGGUUGUAGUGUUCCCUCAAGCAAACAAGAUUCCCUUAUUGGAUCUUGAUUUAGUAGAAAGAACAUUAUUUGAAUCAGAAGACAUGUCAAGUACCAAUGCUACUACCAAUCAUAGGACUAAAUCAGCCGUCCGUAUUUCACAGGUUGUUUAAAAGAUCAAAUAAGGUGGCUGGGUGCAGUGGCUUAUACCUGUAAUCACAGCACUUUGGGAGGCUGAGGCAGGCAAAUCACCUGAGGUUAGGAAUUUGAGACCAGUCUGGCCAACAUGGUGAAACCCUGUCUCCACUAAAAAUACAAAUAUUAGGUGGGCAUGGUGGGAGGUGACUGUAAUUCUAGCUACUCUGGAGGCUGAGGCAGGAGAAUCGCUUGAACCCAGGAGGCAGCGGUUGCAGUGAGCCAGGAUCGUGCCACUGCACUCCAGCCUGGGCAACAGAGCAAGACUCUGUCUCAAAAAAAAAAAAAAGAUCAAAUAAGGUGAAAUAUUGUGAAAGUGCUUUAUGAACUGUAUAGUACUAUACAAAUGUGAAAGAUGGUUAUUUAUUUCCUGAUAUUUAUAGGACUAGAGAAUAUAGGAGUUGAAGGGAUUAUUAGAGAUCAUCAAGGCAAUGUGGUAUAGUGGAAUGAACAGUUUCCUUUUUUUUUUGAGACUCACUCUGUCACCCAGGCUGUGCAGUGGCACAAUCUUAGCUCACUGCAAUGUGUGCUCACACUCGGCAAAUUUUUGUAGAGAAGGGGUUUCACCAUGUUGGCCAGGCUGGUCUCAAACUCCUGACCUUAAGUGAUCUGCCCACCUCGUCCUCUCAAAGUGCUGUGAUUACAGGCAUGAGCCACUGUGCCCAGCCAACAGUUUCUGAUGUUAGACUGACGACAUAGGUGUGAAUUCCAGCCAGACGUUUUACUGACUUUUGCCUUGAGUAAGAUACCUGAGCCUCUGUUUUUGAUCUGACAUGUGGGCAUCAUUUUAGCUACCCCCAGGAUUGUUCUGAGGCUUAGAUAGAUAAUAUGUAUGAACAGGCUAGUACAUAGUUGGGGUUUAAUAAGUAACAGUGCCUUCCCUUGAUGAGCAGUGUUGGCUUCCUCACUAAGACUGGGGAGUCUGUACCUCUAAGCAAUAAUUUCUUGCCUCAGAAUUCUGGAGGUUGCCUAGGGUUGGUGGCUCAUACCUGUAAUUCCAGCACUUUGGGAAGCCAAGGCAGGUGGGUCACCUGAGGUUGGGGGUUCAAGACCGGCCUGACCAACCUGGAGAAACCCUGUCUCUACCAAAAAUACAAAAAUUACCUGGGCAUGGUGACACAUACCUAUAAUCCCAGCUACUCAGGUGGCUGAGGCAGGAGAAUCGCUUGAACCCAGAAGGCAGAGAUUGCAGUGAGCCGAGAUCGUGCCAUUGCACUCCAUCUUGGGUGACAGAGUGAGACCCUGUCUUAAAAAAAAAAAAAUUCUGGAGGUUGAUUUUUCUGGAAGAGCAGAUAUAAAGAAGGGAUACUUGCCCACUCUUGGUUUACAUUGAUCUAAUUAGUGGGCCUUCCUGCCCAGGGUUCCCUAUCAGUGAACAGAGUUGUCCCAGAAGACAUUAGAAAUUGGCCAUUACAGAAAGAAUGUGGAGCUACUGUUCCAUGGUCUGAGCAGAGUUUAUGCACAGAUAAGGCUGGGACAAGAAAAACAGCUGCCCAAGGUCCCCACAGUGCACUCUAUCCUAAGCAUGUGCAGGGGCCUGCCAGGACUUCCUGAGCUCCCCACUUGGUCCCCAAGUAAAGGCUAUUAAGCAUGAAGUCUUGGUCAGCUCAUUUUGACACAAACUACAGCUGGGUCAGGCCUUUCCACCUGCCAAUAAGACGGGGCCCUACCACACACCUUUGUUGCCUUUACUCUAAUUGGCCACCUCCUAUUCCAGCCACAGUUACUCCUCCCUUAUUGACACUUGCCAAACAAUCCCAACUCUCCUACAGGUCUAACCACUGGUAACUCAUGAUUAUAAGAUCUACUUUCCUUUCUUUCCAACAAUUUCAGUUUCUUUCCUUACAUUGUUAAUCCUGCCAAUUGUAUUGCACUGCUAAGUUUAGUACUUUCUGAGAACUACAUGGUGCAGAAACCCUCUGAUCUCCCUAAGUAGUAUGUUCUGGCGGAAAGGGCCAGGAAGACAUAGUGGUAAUGUGAUAUAGCUGGCCUAGAGUUAGAACCUGAACAAUGCCAUUUUAUAAAAGACAAAACUGUUUUUAAAAUAAGUUGUAAAGGCUGACUGCAGGCCUUGGCUUCUGUAAAUAAAACUGCUAGUUUACUUUGCAGAAUGCAAAGAGGUAAAGCUGCUUACCUGCUUUUAUCAGUAACUGCCAGAGUUGCUAGCCUUUGCUCACCGGUAAUAAACAGAAUAAGCAGUCCAAGAUAAUUCCAUCCUGGCUCCUGCAACUUGUAAUGGGUAACUGAGAUCUGUGAUUCCCACCCUACCCAGAUAAUAUAUAAACUAAUGUUUAUCUUGCUUCUGUAAACCACUUAAGUAACAAUCGGAAUGACAAAAGUCCCCUGGCCCUUGGAAUGUCCGGAGCACCCCCCCAACCCUUGUCUCAGCCCAGGAGGUGAUUUACAGAAUCCACUAGCCCUCGAAAUGACUGAAGCCUUUCAUCCUCAUCCCCGCUCCUCACCCCCACUCCCAAAGUGGUUUUACGGGUAUAAAAAGGUCUUGUCACUCUUCUUUCUCUGCCACGGGUUGGAGAGACGUAAGUCCUCUGUGGUUGCCGGCAAUAAACCCUGCAAUUUGGCAUACUUUGUCUUGGUGUUGACUUUCUAUGCUCAGUCUGGUAUGACAGUAAGUCCCAGAUGAGAAAAGUGAGGCUCAGAGUAUAAUUGACAGGGAUGGGAACCUAAGCCUUCUGGUCCUUCCUCUUAGACACCAUCUUCUAGGCCUCAUACUUCUGAACUUCUCACAGUGCUGCAGCAUUCAGUGCUCUCUGAUCUAUUGGCAGGCUGACUGGUAGAUUUGGCAGCCCUUUUCCUCCAGUGACUCCAGGGAAAGUACUUGCAUGCCUUCUGGGGGCUUCCACCAACACAGGUGUGAAGUGUGUGUGUGUGUGUGUGUGUGUGUGUGUAGGAGACAGAGACAGGGCGUGUGUGUGCACAAGGGUGCAUGUCAGCCACAUUCACAGGCUUCCAGCUAGCUCUGGAAGAGACAUUUUUUUUUGCACCUCACAGUGUUGUCUUACAGGUAGGAUGCCUGGGGGGAUGGGAGCAGGUAGGGAGGGUUAGAGGAAAGGCUUUUUCCAAUCUCGCUCAGACCUAAAACUCAUUCUGGCUUUACCUAACCAUGAUGCAAGCUGCCUGGGUGGGACAAUGUGGGGAGGAACUCCAGAACAUAGGAGAGAGAUCAGCAAAUGAGGGGCUGACUUCAGCUCUUAGCUGUGUUUGGACUUUACCUAAUCUUCCUAUUUCCCAGUCUGUAAAAUGGGGUAAUAAGACUGAACUCAAGGGUUGUAGUACAAAUAAAAUAAACGGGGCAAAAUGUAUGACCCAGAGCCUGAUAGUAGAAUUUCAGCAAAUGUUGAUCCCAUCCCUCCCCAUCCCUAGGUUGUACCAGAAUUCACCCCUGUGCUUCUUACCUUAAAUACUUUUUGGAACAGUGUCCACAAUAAAUAAACCAGCAAGACAAUAAAUAAAAUACACACCUCCUUUGCCUUCCCCCCAUUUCUUCCUCAUCUUUAUUCCUUUUACUUUUCCAGUGGGUCCUGGAAUGCUGUUUUUCUUUCCUUUCUUUCCUCUUUCCCUCUCUCCUCUCCUCCCGUCCUCCCUCUCUUCUUCCCUCCCUCCCUUUCUUGCUUUUUCCCUCCCUCCCUUCUCCAUUUCUUUCCUGUCUUUAUCUCUUUUCUGCUUUUCCUCCCAUAGCUUAACCAGGAGAAAUUAACCAAUAUUUUCUCUGUGAGAGAUCAGAAGAUAAGAGUUAAGAAAAAGAAUUGUUUUAGAAUAGAAGCAAGUUUCUCACUUCAUCCCUCCAGCAUUAGAAAAACUCAAUAUUGGCCAGACGCAGUGGCUCACAACUGUAAUCCCAGCACUUUGGGAAGCAGAGGCAGGAGAACUGCUAGAGGCCAGGAGUUGGGAGACCAGCCUGAGCAUCAUAGCCAGACCCUGUAGCCAGGCAAAAUGGCAUGUGCCUGUGAAAAGCGGAUUCACUUGAGCCCAGGAGGUGGAGGCUGCAGUAAGUGGUGACUAUGCCAUUGUCCUCCAGCUUGGGUGACAGAGUGAGGCUCUGUCUCAAAAAAAAAACAAAACAUAAUUUAUAUAGCUCUAAACCACUGUGAGUUAGGUAGAAUUUGGGGGAAGACUCCCUAACCUAUUCUUUGUAUGUCAAGCCACCCUUUCCUCCGUUCAGAUCUUACUGUUUUAUUUGCAGAGAUAGGCUUCAAGGCGAAAAGGCAAUAAUGUAUUAGGGUCUAUGCCAGACAGACUAUUCCCAGAGCAAAGGAGGAUGAGGCCAUGGGAGGGGGGACCAUAGGCUGAUAGAGAAUUGGGAUUAGGCACAGCGGCUCAUGACUGUAAUCCUAGCACUUUGAAUGGUUGAGGCAGGUGGAUUACUUGAGGCCAAGAGUUCAAGACCAGCCUGCCCAACAUGACAAAACGCUGUCUCUACUAAAAAUACAAAAUUUAGCCAGGCGUAGUGGUGCACAACUGUAAUCCCAGCUACUCAGAAGGCUGAGGCACAAGAAUCAUUUGAACCUGGGAGGUGGAAGUUGCGGUGAGCCAAGAUUGCACCACUGCACUCCAUCCUGGGUGACAGAGGGAGAUUAUCUCAAAAGAAAAAAGGCCUGGUGCUGUGGUUCAUGCCUGUAAUCCCAGCACUUUGGGAGGCCAAGGUGGGCUCGGAUCACCUUAGGUCAGGAGUUCAGGACCAGCCUGGCCAACAUGGUGAAACCCCGUCUCUACUAAAAAUACAAAAAUCAGCCUGGUGUGGUGGUGCACAGCUGUAAGCCCAGCUACUCAGGAGGCUGAGGUGGGAGAAUUGUUUGAACUUGGGAGGUAGAGGUUGGACUGACCCGAGAUUGUGCCGGUGCACUCUACUCUGGGUGGCAGAGUGAGGCUCCAUCUCAAAAAAAAAAAGAAUUGAGUUUCGAGGGCCUAGCAGAAAUGGAGCUCCCUGGGCUAUAGACUUUGACCUUGACAAAGUCAUUUUCAGUCUGCUUCCUUAUCUCUUUUUAUGAAAUGAAAACAAUAAUUAUCACCUGUCUCACAAGGUAGGGUUAGAAGGAUUAAAUAUGAAAGUGUUUUGUGAAGUGUGAAACAGAUAAACUACGUAGUUGAAAUGUAUCGUGACAUUUAUUCAGUUACACAGCACAUACUUCAUGAUAUCCACUGCUAGGCUUAGAGAAACAAAGAAUAAGAGUUUUUAUCCUUUCAUGAACUCAAAAGCUAGAGGAUAUUUUUAGGAUAAUGGGUAGGAUGCAGCCUUCAGACAAUGAACCUAAAGACUGGAAUAGAAGUGGCCAAAAGCAGGCUGUGAGGCUACUGAAAGGUGGUCUAGAUUGAAUUACAGGAGGACAAUAACAAUCUCAAGAUGCCUUGACCUGGUAGAUGUGCCCCAAACUUUUUUUCCAGUGUGUGUGUUACCAAGGUGAGGGCUGAAGCAGUUCAAAUGCUCCAUGAGGGGGAGGAAGCUGUGGGAUGAUGGGGAGGGUUCCCACAAAGAUGAAGCCUCGUCAGCCUUUCUCCAGCACCGGAAACCACAGGAAACCAGCAAGGCCCUACCACCCACCUUCAGGCCAUGCAGCCAUGUUCCAGGAGCCUUAACUGCAUAGAAGCCCAUGGGGAGUUCCAGACCAGCAGCCCUGCUCCUGCCUCUCCUGAUAUUCAUUCACCUCUCUGACUCUGCUGGGAUUGGCUGUCCCCACCUGCCCCACUGGAACACCUGGGGUCCUCUGGCCUCCCACAUGGAUGACAGUUUCACUGGAAGUUCUGCCCAUAUCCUUUGCCGCACCUGGUGGGCCUGCUUCUCCACAAAGCGUUGGUGUACACGAGUCUGGCACUGUUCCCGCUGUUUGUGCCAACAUCUACUGUCAGGUCACUCAGGUCUUAAGUGGGGCUUCUUCAGCCUCCUGGUGCAGAAAUCCAAAAAGUCUUCCGAAUUCAAGUUCUGUAGGAAACAGAAGAUCCCAGCACCUGCUCAGAGGAAGCUGCUGCGUAGUCGUCGCCUGUCUGAGAAGAGCCAUCACAUUUCCAUCCCCUCCCCAGAUAUCCCCGGAUUUCACUCUAAAAGGACCCAACCUUCGGAUCCAGAGGCAUGGAAAAGUCUUUCUAGAUUGGACUCACAAAGGCACAGAGGUCCUGAGUUCUCCUUUGAUUUGCUGCAUGAGGCCCGGGCUAUUCGGGUGACUAUACCUUCAGGCCCCGAGGUCAGUGUGCGUCUUUGUCACCAGUGGGCACUGCAGUGUGAAGAGCUGAGAAGUCCCUAUGAUGUCCAGAAAAUCGUGUCUGGGGGCCACACUGUAGAACUGUCUUAUGAAUUCCUUCUGCCCUGUCUGUGCAUAGAGGCAUUCUACCUGCAAGAGGACACUGUGAGGCACAAAAGAUGUCCCUUCCAGAACUGGCCAGAAGCCUAUGGCUCAGACUUCUGGAAGUCAGUGCAUUUCACUGACUACAGCCAGCACACUCAGAUGGUCAUGGCCCUGACACUCCGCUGCCCACUGAAGCUGGAAGCUGCCCUCUGCCAGAGGCAAGACUGGCAUACCCUUUGCAAAGACCUCCCGAAUGCCACGGCUCAAGAGUCAGAGGGGUGGUAUGUUUUGGAGAAGGUGGACCUGCACCCCCAGCUCUGCUUCAAGUUCUCUUUUGGAAACAGCAGCCAUGUUGAAUGCCCCCACCAGACUGGGUCUCUCACAUCCUGGAAUGUGAGCAUGGAUACCCAAGCCCAGCAUCUGAUCCUUCACUUCUCCUCAAGAAUGCAUGCCACCUUCAGUGCUGCCUGGAGCCAUGAAGACUUGGGGCAGGACACUUUGGUGCCCCCCGUGUACACUGUCAGCCAGGCCCAGAGCUCAAGCCCGGUGACACUAGACCUUAUCAUUCCCUUCCUGAGGCCAGGGCGCUGUGUCCUGGUGUGGCGAUCAGAUGUCCAGUUUGCCUGGAAGCACCUCUUGUGUCCGGAUGUCUCUAACAGACACCUGGGGCUUUUGAUCCUGGCACUGCUGGCCCUCCUUGCCCUACUGGGUGUUGUUCUGGCCCUCACCUGCCGGCGCCCACAGUCAGGCCCCGGCCCAGCACGGCCAGUGCUGCUCCUGCACGCGGCGGACUCUGAUGCUCAGCAGCACCUGGUGGGAGCGCUGGCUGAACUGCUGCGGGCAGCGCUGGGCGGCGGGCGCGACGUGAUCGUGGACCUGUGGGAGGGGAGGCACGUGGCGCGUGUGGGCUCGCUGCCGUGGCUCUGGGCGGCGCGGGAGCGCGUGGCGCGGGAGCAGGGCAUGGUGCUGCUGCUGUGGAGCAGCGCCGGCCUCCGCCCCGCCAGCGACCCCAACCCCCGCACCGCGCCCUUGCUCUCCCUGCUCCAGGCUGCUCCGCGCCCGCUGCUGCUGCUCGCUUACUUCAGUCGCCUCUGCGCCAAGGGUGACAUCCCCCAGCCGCUGCGCGCUCUGCCGCGCUACCGCCUGCUGCGCGACCUGCCGCGCCUGCUGCGGGCGCUGGACGCGCAGCCUUCCGCGGAAGCCACCAGCUGGGGACUCCCCGGGGCGCGGCAGCGCUGGCGGAGCCGCCUAGAGCUGUGCAGCCGGCUCGAGCGAGAGGUCGCCCAACUCGCAGACCUAGGUUGAGCAGAGAUCCACCGCAGUCCCGGUUGUCUGCAGCCACAACGUAACGGGAACCCCUGAAUGAACCUUGGAUCCUGGAAUCCUUGGGGUGCCCCAGGGACGACUGGCCUUAAAGCUUUAUUCCCUGCCUCCAAGGCCGAAAGUCCCAGCCCAGUCCCCGCGCGUGUCCCUCUUCCUCCUCAUACUUUCCCUUGACAGAAAGCUCCCUAAUCCCUGUUCUGAUAGAGGAGGGCGGGCUUCCCACUUCCUCUCCAGAACUCCAGAAGGAGCAGUGUGCUUAAGCUCCAGUCCAGGCUGGAGAGGUUGGACCCGGGGUAGGUGAGGCAGGAGCCAUGUCAGUUCUGAAGGAGGGUUGGCUGGGGCAGGUGAGAGAAAACCUCCUUGGGCCCCAGGGAGUCCCUUUCCCACACUGAGGCUCUGCCCAGAGGGAGAGAGGACUCCGGACCUAGGAAAAGAGGCUUUUGGCUCUGGGUGGUCAAGACAGUGGGGACUGGUGAUGGGGUGGGUGGGUGCUGGCGGGGGACUAAGAUCCGAAAAGAUGAAUAAAGAGAAACAAACAUGACAAACU